AUGCCCGGACACCUGCAUAGCGAAUUCCUGCAGACCAACGCCAACCACUGCGCCCGCGCACAGGACCUGCUCAUGCAGGGUCUGGUCGGCAUAGUGGCGCCGCCGGCGGGCCGACAACGCCUCUCCCUCAGGGAGAGGGGUGCCGGCUACGUGGCGGCAAACUGGGGGGAAGUAGUUCUCAUCGGAGUCUACUUCUCCCCAAACAGGAACCUCUCGCAGUUCGAGAGGUUCCUGGAUGGCCUAGAACCGGUGGUGCAGAGGGCAUCGCCGGCCCAGGUCAUCGUGAUGGGGGACCUCAACGCUAAGUGCGCGGAGUGGGGGUCCUCCAUCACCGACGCAAAAGGGGCGCUUCUCCGGGACUGGGCUACAGUAAUCGGCCUAGCCCCGGAGAACCAGGGCACCGCCUACACGUGCGUGCGCGGGCGGGGUGGCUCAGUGGUGGACGUAACGUUCGCUACCCCUGCCAUCGGUGCACGCAUAACGUGUUGGCGUGUCCUGGAGGAGGUGGAGACCCUGUCCGACCAUUUGUAUAUCCGGUUCAGGGUCUCCAACGCGCCCUGCGGGCGUUAA